AUGACAUCUAUUGUCAACUCCGAUAAAAUACUCACUGAUUGUGUUAAGAAAAUCAUUCGAGGAUAUACAGGUGGACCAGUAUGCGUAAUUGGAAUAGUUACGAGUGUUCUAAGCCUUAUUCUUUUCAAGCGCGAUAAUUCGACUACCCUAAGCACCCGACUUCUCCUUUCAGCAAUUGCCUUGGUUGAUAUAGUCUUCCUUUUAAUGUACUUAAUAUUGAACUCCCUACAAUGGUUCCUACCAGAAAUUAAUGCUUUCUUAACCAAGCCCAUGGUAUUCACCUUUUUCUUUUUUAUGACCAAUGUCUUUGAACUCUAUCGCAAUUGGCUGGUUGUGGUGAUUGCUGUGGAACGUCUCUUAUACUUCCUUAAGCCUCUGGAAUUUAAAUUCAUUUGGAGCGUUAAAAAAAUUGCAGUAGUGCUGAUUUUUCUCUGCGUUUUCUCUUGUCUUAUUCGCAUUCCUGUCAUUAUCUACGGCAUUGCUAAGAAACCCCAAGAAAAAAUGAGAGACAUGGAUCUUGUGAAGCUGACCCUAAUGAUCCACUUGCUUACCGAUUGCAUAAUUUUAACAAUUGCACCAAUUCUGCUUAUGAUAAUACUCUCAAUUGCCACAACAAUACGAAUCAACGCAGUUGUUAAGACAAAACUUCGCCUUGUCAAUAACAACUUUGCGCAACAGCGAAGGAUCUCUCCAGUUCUACAAUCGUUGAACAAUGGAGAUCAGCUGAAUUCGAAGGAGCAAGAAGAUAAUUCCUAUCGAAAGCAUUAUCGGAUAGUUAAGAUACUCCACACCGUCUUGGUGACUUUCAUCAUCUGCUCCGUUCCAUCCAUUCCAGCCACAAUAAUGAGUUUCUAUCUCUACCUUCAUGAUCUUCAAAGGGGACAGCUUUUCGUCAUCACAGAGGUGUUGUCUUCGAUUGCGAACCUCGGAUCUCUUGUCAAUUCCACCUCCAAUUUCUUCGUCUACGUUGCUCAUAGUAAAAGAUAUCGAUACAUUCUAGCCAAGAUAUUAAUGUUAGAUCGUUGUUUUGCCUCCUUCCACCGCGAACCAAGCAGUACGCAGGAAACUUGCUGCAAUUUGCAAGAAGAUGGUAAAACCCAAUUUGCACAUUCUGUAAAUAAUCACUCUAAUGCAACUUAA